AUGACUUCUCUGGGCUCCCAGCUUCACAGAGCAACAGUCCUGGCAGCUAUGUUGCUGCUGCUGCAAGUGAAAGGGGUGAAGACUCUGAAGGGCAAUGCAAGCCUGGAUGAUGACAAGAGUCAGAAAGACAAAACGUUCUCUAAAGACCAGGGCAAGGAGGAGUAUGAAGAACACUUUGUGGCUUCAUCAGUGGGUGAGCUUUGGCAGGUGAUAGAUAUGGUCCAGCAAGAAGAAACCAUCUCCCAGACAACAACUCUCCGGGACCACCUCUUUGAUCUUGCCUUCUGCUUCAACCUGGCCAGCAUCGUGUUUUUUUUAUGA